AUGUCAGCAAGACCCAAAAGAGUCCGUACAGAUUAUUUAUGUGGAGUGAGGUUUCGACACUUAAUUCCUCCACCCGUUGAUCUUCCAUUUGAUCUAAGAUGGAAUCCAGAUCUAGAAAGAAUAACUGAUAACGAUCGUACUUUACUUACUUUUCGUUCAAAACAUCUUCCUCUAUUCGAUGACCUCGAUUUAGAUCUAAGUUCUUUUCCUAGUGCAUUUCUCGAAGAAAAUGAUGCUUGUUUAGUCGUUCCUCCUAAAGAUCGUGUAAAUGGGAGUACGGGAUUGGGAUUGAAAAGGCAUUCAAACGAUCCUAAAUCAUGGUUACGUAUGACGCAGUAUAUAAGUGCAUCUGAAUCCGUACAUAAGGGUGGUAAUAAGGAUAAAACCAUGGAAAGCCGUAUGGCUACAUUAAAGGUUAAUAGGAAGAAAUUAGAACAAAGUCAUGAAGAACAAAUUACCAAGAUUGAGGAAUCUUUUAAAUUUGCAAAUGAUCCUAACUUCCUUAAGAAACUUAAACACCCCAAAAAUAGUGAAGCAGAACCAAUAGAAAUUCUUUCUAUAUUUCCCGAAUUUGAAUAUAAACAUGUUAUGGUCGUACAGGCCAGCUUUGAUACGGAUCCUUGGGAAGGAUUUCCCUCGGAAGAUGACGAAGUACGUGGGGAACGUGAGAAUAAUCGUCAAAAACGGAUUAAGAAAUCUUUAAUAAAUCCAGUGGUGUCCGGAGAUGAAAAGUUCUUAAUGUUGUACGUCCCGAAUUUAGAAACGGCAGAGAAAUUAUCAAAUAUCAGAACAUAUAGUAAUGAUAACUAUAGAUAUAAAUGGGUGAGAGACUAUGAGACAGAUAAAAAUCAAAUUAAAAAAAAUUCUCAGCUCUUAUUUAUGGAGCGUUAUGACGACGAUGAUCAUCCAAAUGAAAAAAUCAUGGUAUAUGUCCCUUUUUCUGUUCGCUGGAACAUGAAACGAAAACGUCACACAGGCAAAUAUCGCGUUCCAGAGAAUUAUGGAAAAAAAACAUUUCUAAAUUAUUCAUAUAAGGCUCCGGCAAACGAUGAAGAAUGUCAAGCGGAGUCCUUGAGAAAUGAAGGACUCCUUGAGGAGGAAAUCGAAUCUAUUUUAGCUAAGAGAAGACGCAUUGAGCACCCAAGGUUAUAA